AGCCUGUGGUGAAUGUUUCCGAAGACAUGUCCUUUGGGGACUAUUUGCGACAAACACUGCUCGGUGGCACAGCAGGGGGAGGGGGCGAGGGGGGGGGGGGGAUGGAGGAGGGGGAGAAUGGGGAGGAUGAAGAUAUGGAGGAAGAGGGGGAGGAGGAGGAGGAGGAGGAGGAGGAGGAGGAGGAGGAGGAGGAGGAGGAGGAGGAGGAGGAGGAGGAGGAGGAGGAGGACGAGGAGGAGAACAGAUCCAUACCCCGUGACAGAGAAGUGUAGCGGUGCAAGGGCAGAGGCUUACAAGCUGCACGAGUCAGCGAUUUAGGAUGCUUGGGAACCGAAUUG